UUGAGAAAGCAUUUUACCUUGUAACUUGUUAUAUAUUUUGGUUACCGUCUGAUGGAAACCAAAAUACUGAAUGUGAUGGCUGUUUUAUUUUCGUGGUUUCUGGGCAAACAAGUUGAUUGUGGCCCCAUGGACAACAGUGUCCCUCAGUGCUGCUGGCCGGGGCCUGGUAUUCCUCCUAAGUGUGGUCUGCUUCCCCCAGACUGUGGCUGUGUGUCCCUCGCCAGCCUGCUGACUCUGAAGACCUCCCUGGAGGCACGCUGCUGCCCUCCGUCUGCAGACGCUGCCAGCUUGUAGAUGCCCCAGGACUAGCAUACACAAGAACGCUCGGCCUGUUUUUCUGCUUCCUUUCCCAUGCCUGACUAUAAAACUCCAACUCCCUUUCGGAUCCAUCACCUCCCCACGCAGCCACUUGCUGAAGUGUUUGCCUUCUAAACGUCAAGGUUUUUGACAGCAGAGGCUUCAUCUUAUUGAAUUUUGUAUUCCCACCAUUUGACGUCAUUGUAUACGGUAUAGUUAACAGAUUAAUAGUGAAUAAAUAUAGAUUUAUAGGUUAACUCCUUUGCCAUACUGAAACUCACAGAAAUAGAACAUUUGCUAAGUAUAGUGAAUUGUUCCCAGUGUUUGAUUACAGAUGAUGUUCUCUCCCCUCCUGUCCCAAACUAUUCUAUUUAUGUUAGUGAAAUCAGCAGAUGACACAGAACAGUGCCAGUUGAGGGCUGAAUGCAAGCUCCUCUAGAGCAGACCUGACAUCUCAGUUCUCUGCUUUAAUGUCUGUAUAGAAUUGGAUCUACAAAUACUACAUAAUUGGCGUGUGCUCUGCCUAGAAUUCUUCCAAAACCCAAUUCAAGUUAAUUGACCAAAACGACUGUAUUGAAUGUGUAACUGAAAAAUUCAGAAUCUGGUAACAGGGUUUCUAAAUACUCAAAGUAUCUGCCAGUGUUCCUCUGGAUUUCUCCAUUUCUUGUACAGCUACUCUGUGUUAGCUUUGAAAAACUGAUACUUUUCAUGCUAUUCCAAUAACAGAUUAAAGGCAUUUUCCUUCUAUUCCAGUUCUAGAUAUGAGCAUCAAAGACAGACUGUCAUUAAUCAGCUAGGGCUGUGUGUCAACCCUAAGCCAAUCACAGUUAUCUGGAAACAGGCAAAUCUAGCUGCCUGGAGUUUGCUGUAAUUGGCAACUUCCUGAAACUGUGCUGGAUGGAAGAGGGGCAUUUCUGCAAACAAAGUCAGAAUAAAAAUGGGGAAAGAAUGUGAACAAACCAAAGCAUUAUAGAUUUAUAGAUUGGAAGUUUUCAGCCUGAAUCAUCAUCAUCAUCAUGAAUGUACUGAAAUUCCAUAAUAGAUAAUAUUCCAGAUAUAAAUACCAAAAAUGUUCAGGAGCACCUUAACAGAAAAAGUGUUGGCAUUUUGUAAAGGUGGCUCCUUGAUAUUCCUUGUGAAGAUCCAUGCCUUAAAACUUGGAGAAUGGUUUAAGUAUUUUAAACUAUUCCCAGAAACAACAAUUUACUAAAAAAAAAAAAAAAAAAAAAAAAAAAAAAAAAGUACUGCCACUUACCCAAAAUUCAAAAACACUUGAAAUGUUUUACGUCAUUCUAAUCUGUUUUCCUCACUGAAUUUCACAAAUCGCAGAGUUGUCCUAAUAAGUACUGUAAAUAAUAUUAUAAAAUCAUAUAUUUCUUGUUCCUAAAAAAAUUGUUAUACCACAUUAGACCCUGUGAACAUCAUUAAGGAAAAGAUUCCUUUAUCUGUUAAAAAGUUUAGCAAACUAACAUGUCAGUGAUUGAGAACAAUCAACACCUCACUGGACAUGUACUUACCAAUGAAGACACCCAUUGCUCAGAUAGGAAUGUGGCACUCUGAAAAUGCAGCAGUUUAGUCCUUCAUGCUAUUGUCAGGGUUCAUCCUACUGAUAUUGUCUAUUCUGUUCAUUAUCUGGAACAGAAAUGCUCCCUCAUAAAAUAAAUUGAUGACUCUUUCAGACUCCAGUCAGCCUCCAAAGUCUUAUUAAACACACAACUUCCUGAAGCAUAAUUCCUUAUCAGCUGCUUCUAACCUCCCUUGACAUCACUAUGCCUCUCAGAAGAUGCACAUCUAAUUCUCUUUGUCUCUAAACAAAAACCUGGAAUUAAAUCUUCCUGAAGCAAAAUGUGGCCGACACCAUACUAUUUCAUAAAAUUAAUGGAAAACCAAGAAGAACUUUGGCAAAUGAAGCCCAAAAGCCUAGAAGAUGAUGACUAUUUGACUAAGGACAUGGGAGAGACCAGCAUGCUGAAAAGACCUGUGCUUCUGCAUUCACCACAGACCACCCACAUUAAUGAAUUUGAUUGUCCCUUGGAACUUCAGGAGAGACAGGAACUCUUUGUGCAGUGGCGCUUGCCCAUUAAAAUAGCUGCCAUUGUGUCAUCUCUGACUUUUCUUUACACUCUCUUAAGGGAAAUAAUUCACCCUUUAGUAACUUUGCAUCAACAAUAUUUUUAUAAAAUUCCAAUCCUCGUCAUCAACAAAGUCUUGCCAAUGGUUUCCAUCACUCUCUUGGCGCUGGUUUAUUUGCCGGGUGUGAUAGCAGCAGUUGUACAGCUUCAUAAUGGAACCAAAUAUAAGAAAUUUCCACCUUGGUUAGAUAAGUGGAUGUUAACAAGAAAGCAGUUUGGGCUUCUCAGUUUCUUUUUUGCUGUACUACACGCAAUUUAUAGUCUCUCUUAUCCAAUGAGACGGUCCUACAGAUACAAGUUGCUAAACUGGGCAUACCAACAGGUCCAGCAAAAUAAAGAAGAUGCUUGGAUUGAGCAUGAUGUUUGGAGAAUGGAGAUUUAUGUGUCUCUGGGAAUUGUGGGACUUGCAAUACUGGCUCUGUUGGCUGUGACAUCAAUUCCAUCUAUCAGUGAUUCUUUGACAUGGAGAGAGUUUCACUGUAUUCAGAGCAAACUCGGAAUUGUUUCCCUCCUACUGGGUACAAUGCAUGCACUGAUUUUUGCCUGGAAUAAAUGGAUUGAUGCAAAACAGUAUGUGUGGUAUACACCUCCAACGUUUAUGAUAGCUGUUUUCCUUCCAAUAAUUGUCCUGAUAUGGAAAGCCAUACUGUUCUUGCCAUGCUUGAGGAAGAGGAUACUGAUGAUUAGACGUGGUUGGGAAGAUGUCACCAAAACUAACAAAGUUGAGAUGUCCUCCCAGUUAUAGAAUUGCUGUACUUUUUAUGCACAUCUUUGUUCAAUAUUGAUAUAUUUUACCACUAACAUUUCAAAUUUGUAUUUGUUAAUAAAUGACUAUUUGAGAACCUUAA